AUGGCUAUAGGUGGGCCUCGAGGAAGAUAUGCGCUUUCAGUCAGCGCCACUUUCACCUGUCUAGCGACAUGUGCGACAGCUCUUCGCAUCUAUACACGGGCAUUCAUGGUGAAACAGAUGGGCAUUGACGACUGGGCGAUCCUUUCAUCUCUAGCCUGUAGCUGGGUAUUUUUUGGCCUUUUCGUCGGAGGUUUGUUCCCCACUUCUAGUUUCAAGUCAAGUAACUUCGUCCAUAUUGCUGAACAUCUGCGGCCAGAGGUCACAUAUCUCAUGGGUGAGCAUAUUGAGAACAUCCCGCCCGAAGUCUUUGUGAAGCAAAUGAUGUGCUUUUGGGUCACGGUACCCAUGUACCAAGCUAGUCUAAUCAUCACAAAAGCUGCGAUUCUUUUCCAAUAUUUACGCAUCUUUGUGACCCCUCGCAUGCGGCUCGCUUGCUACGGUCUGGUCGCGUUCCUCGCAAUUUAUGGAGCAUGGGCAUUCUUUACCGGCUGGCUCGUUUGUGUCCCUGUGAAGAAACUCUGGGAUGACAGCGUCCAUGGAUUCUGCUUCAAUAAGAAAGCUCUCUGGCUGUCCAACUCUGCCAUUCACAUAUUCACUGAUAUUCUUAUUCUGCUCUACCCAAUGCCUAUAGUACGAAGUCUACAACUCCCUAGACCACAGAAGAUAGCAUUGACCGCAGUGUUCGCAGUCGGUGUCCUUGUAACCGUCACUAGCAUUCUACGUCUCCAAAGCCUCCUGAUCAUAUCUCAAUCAACCGACCCCACCUAUGAUAACCCACCUGCCGCCAUGUGGUCAGCGAUUGAGUGCAAUGUUGCCAUCAUUUGCGCCUGCCUUCCGGUCAUGCGUCCGUUAAUUUCUCGUCUGAUUCCCCGUAUAUUCUCGACUCGCAGCAAUGGCUCUAGGAGCAAGCCGACCAAUGGGUAUCUCAAUUCUAUACAGCGAACGCAACGAGCGCAGCCCCGGACUUCUGUUGUGGGUGGCACUUCGGACCAUUAUAUGGUAGACCUCGGAACAAGAGGUAAAUCAAGUACAGCAGAGUCUCCAGAGAGGGCCGAACUGGGUGAGAUUAUGGUCACCACAGUUUUCUCUCACGAAAGCGGGCGUGCUCGCCCAGAUGAUGAGUCGAGUGUGCGACAUUUGGUGGCUGAUUAA